GAUUUAAACUUCCGUUCUAAAGUUUUACAGAGCAAGAAAUCAUAGACGAAGAAUUACAUUAAUUCGAAAAGCAACCGAAAGAGCGAGCAAGAUUCUUUGAUCCUUCAUGGCGCUUGCUGCUUCUUCUGUUUCUAAUUUGCUGCAUUUUGCUGUUUCCUCUGAUGCUAAAGCUCCACGAAUUGGUUCUGUUCAGCCGUUGAAUUGGCCGCACGUUUUGUCUUCUGGAGUCAAUUAUUUACGAAGAGGAUGCCGGGUGAAGCCUAUUAAUUCGCAAUCUCAACGGAAUGAUUUGUUUGUGCCUCUUGCGGUGAAUACCCUUGCUUCCGAGGUGGUAGAGAAAGCUGAGACGGUAGACUACGAUGGAUUGGCUAAAGACUUUGAAGAUGCUUCCCCUCUGGAAAUAAUGGACCAAGCCCUCGAGAAAUUUGGCAACGAUAUUGCAAUUGCAUUUAGUGGCGCGGAAGAUGUUGCAUUGAUUGAAUAUGCUCGUUUGACUGGCCGACCAUUUAGGGUGUUUAGCCUAGACACAGGGAGGUUGAAUUCAGAGACAUACCAAUUCUUUGAUGCAGUGGAGAAGCAUUAUGGCAUCCAUAUAGAGUAUAUGUUCCCAGAUGCUGUUGAAGUUCAGGGUUUAGUUCGGAACAAAGGGUUGUUUUCAUUCUACGAGGAUGGCCAUCAGGAGUGCUGUCGAGUGAGGAAGGUGAGGCCUUUGAGGAGGGCUUUAAAGGGACUCCGAGCAUGGAUCACCGGACAAAGGAAAGAUCAAUCUCCUGGAACUAGGUCUGAAAUUCCUGUUGUCCAAGUUGAUCCUGUUUUCGAGGGGUUGGAUGGAGGCAUUGGGAGCCUGAUCAAGUGGAACCCACUGGCCAACGUUGAUGGUAAAGACAUAUGGAACUUUUUGCGGACCAUGAAUGUGCCUGUGAACUCUUUGCAUUCUCAAGGAUAUGUCUCAAUUGGGUGUGAGCCGUGCACGAGGCCUGUCCUUCCAUGGCAGCAUGAAAGAGAGGGAAGAUGGUGGUGGGAGGAUUCCAAGGCCAAGGAAUGCGGUCUUCACAAAGGAAAUCUCAAACAAGGAGAUAUUCCCCAACUGAAUGGCAAUGGAAAUGGAACUCCCCUGGUUAAUGACAUCUUCAUCUCCCAAAAUUUGGUGAACCUGAACAGAACAGGAAUAGAAAACUUGUCCAGGCUGGUGAACCGGAAAGAACCUUGGCUUGUUGUUCUUUAUGCGCCAUGGUGCCAAUUCUGCCAGGCUAUGGAAGGGUCAUAUGUUGAAUUGGGUGAGAAGUUGGCAGGGAGUGGGGUGAAAGUUGGGAAGUUCAGAGCCGACGGUGAGCAGAAGGAGUUCGCGAAAGCAGAGCUGCAGCUAGGAUCCUUCCCCACAAUACUCUUCUUCCCCAAACACUCAUCUAAAGCAAUCAAGUACCCAUCUGAGAAGAGGGAUGUUGACUCGUUGUUGGCUUUUGUGAAUGCUCUACGAUGACAUGUAUAGAUUCACAUAAGCAAAAGAAGUCCUAAGAUCCUAAUACGGUCCAUUAACAAAGGGAAAAUACAUACGGGCUCCAGUGCGAGGAAGGAAAAUAACCAGUGCGAUGGAAGACGAGAUAAAAAAUCAAAGCUUGGGCAUCUUUCUGGAGCCGAGAGAGGGCAUUGGGUCCUGAUCUCGAAGCUCGCCCAUGUUCUAUACCUCUGCUGUGACAAACAAUGGCACGAACAUGUUCUUAUGUAUCUAACUCUAAACCCACCAAAACAAUGCCUGCUGGUUUCUGGUUUCUGGUAACUGGCAUUGAAUUUGAUGCCUUGUUAUUAAUUAUGUAACCCUGUUUUCCCAGUUAUCAUUAUGGCCUACUAUUGACAAUUAGUUUUGUAGCUUGAGUUGUUUUUCUUCAUUUGCAUUGCUUCAAAAUGCAUGAUUUUGUAUGCAUACAGGCAUCAGGGUAUCCAAUAUCAUAUUACAGAUCUCAAA